AACAUCUUCUUUUAAUUCCAGAUAUAUAGCAUAAUGUUUACUAAUACCAUUCGUUCUGCUCUUAGAGCAAGAGUUGUUCCAACUCCAAGAAUCGCCAAUGUGAUGAGAAGCCCAAUGAUCAGAAGUUUCCCAAACCAAGUUAGAUUAUACUCUGAUCAUCACGAAGAAACUUUUGAAGAAUUCACUGCUAGAUACGAACAAGAAUUUGAAGAAGCUUAUGAUUUAUUCGAAGUUCAAAGAAUUUUAAAUAACUGUUUUUCUUAUGAUUUAGUUCCAGCACCAAUUGUUAUUGAAAAAGCUUUACAAGCAUGUAGAAGAGUUAAUGAUUAUCCAACUGCAGUUAGAACUUUUGAAGCUUUAAGACACAAGGUAGAAACCAAUCAACAAUAUGAAGCUUACUUGGAAGAAUUGAAAGAUAUUAGACAAGAAUUAGGUAUUGAUUUGAAAGAAGAUUUAUACGCUGAUGAAGCUUAAAUAAAAGAAAGAAAGAACCAAAAAAU